AUGGCUAUUGAAUUAUCUGAGUUGAUAAAACCAAUUCAUUUUUUCAAGAUCAUAGUUACUGAAAUUCUUCACCAAGAAAAGCUAAUGAUACCAAUAAAGUUUGUGAAGAAAUAUGGAGAAUCUUUACCAAAAGCUAUAUGUUUAAAGACUCCCAAUGGUGAAGAUUGGGAAUUAAGUUUGGUAAGAAGUGAUGGCAAGAUAUGGUUUGAAAAGGGUUGGAAAGAAUUUGCAGACUAUCAUUCUCUAUCUCAUGGCCAUCUUCUACUUUUCAAAUAUGGAAAAACUUGCUAUUUUGAGGUAAGAAUCUUUGAUAAUAGUGGUUUAGAGAUAAAGUAUCCUUUCAAAAGAGUUGAAGUCAAUAAUGAAGAAGAUUGUGGAGCAAGUCAAAAGAGAAAAGCUUACUCCUCCUUUGAAAUUGGAAGCACUAGUUGUGUUAAAAAACACAAAGGAAAACAUGUGAAUGCAGCUCAUGAAAGAGCAGAAUCAUUCAUAACACGUAAUCCAUCUUUUGUUGUUGUCAUGUAUGCUUCAUACGUUGAACACCAUUUUGCUUUGAAUAUACCUUCUGAAUUUGGUAGGAGACACUUUGAUUUGGAUAAGAAGAAGGGAGAUAUUUAUUUUCAGGUGUUGGAUAAUGACAGAGUUUGGUCUGCAAAGUACUCAAUCAAGAAGAGAUUGGGCACUACACAAACAAAAUUUGAACUCUCAAGGAAAUGGAGGGACUUUGUAGAAGACAAUAACUUGAAAGUCGGUGAUGUUUGCAAAUUUGAGCUCAUUCAUAGUACUAAUAUGACCUUUCAAGUUCACAUCUUUAAAGAAACCCAUUAA